UUAUUUCAAAUAGCAUCCCACAUCCUGCUAUUUUAUUAUUUUAUUCUAUUAUGGUAAUUUGGAUCUAUGAUUAUGGAAAUUUUUCUUAUUUACCAAUUACUUACAAAUAUUCUAAUAUCCAUGCCAUUAUUCUGAUUAAUCCUAGUAAUAAUCCUUGUUUAGAAAGCUGCAAUUCUUGUCCUCCCUGCCCAUGUAUUAUGUAUGCAUUAUACAUCACAUAAAUAAUAGCAAUUAGGAAAGCAUGACUUUGAUGUAUACAGUGUCCAUACAUAGCGUAGUUGUCAAGUAAACGUAAUCGAUGGCCACGAAUAUUAGAAGGCAAGUUGAACUGUUCAUUUAUAUACCUUCUAUCGACAUAUUGAUAUUCUAAUUUAGACAAAAAUAAUUGCAUAUUGAUGAGUCAAGCAUUAUCCAAGAAUUUUAGAGCACGCUAAUUUAAAUUUAUUUUUAUCGCAAAUUUCUUUUAGAUUUAUUUUUCUUGCAAAUUUUAGAUUGUUAUAAUUUAAGUCUACCUUCUCUUGCUUAUAAAUGCUAAUAUUAACAUCCCAUGCACGUAGAAUACCUUCGUAUCCUCAAACCUCCGUCCAUCGCUGCGGGGAGCUUAAUGCUGGUCGAUCUUUUGGGGAAGAUCUGCGUCAGUUGUCAAUGCGAGAAGAAGGAGGAAAGCCGCCGAGUCUUGGGUCGCAAACGUCAAACCGUUGCUCGCUAGAUCAGUGAGCGUCGCGACGCCCGCGGCGCAGGUUGCACCGUCUCCUCUUCUUGCAGCUAAGCCGAUAGUACGUACCGAUGCGUCAGACAUGCAGACAUGAUACCGCGUGUUGUUUGAUGCGUACGCGAGCCACUUAGCAUCUUCCUUUCUUUUUUCUUUCUUUAUCUGUCUGUGGGACACCCGCAGACUUUGCACAACACCGGGCGAUUAUUAUGGGGCAUUUGAGCGGCGGUUAAAUGGGGGCCGAUGGACAUUUUCGUGUGACCUUGUCCCUGAGGAGGGAACCGGGCGCUGGUCCGGUCUACUGUAAGAUGGAGACAUCCGCCAGAUUCCGGCAACUGAAGACGGUGAAGCUAAGCUGCGAGGCGACCUACCGACUCGACAUCAGCUUCAAGCCGCCGCAACUACUGCAGUGGAUUUUCUGUUCCAGAUCCCUGAGUAUCGGUGGGAAACCGGUGGAGGCGAUCGAACGCGCAAGGGACAGCACGGCAUGUGCCUACAGCGCUUAUCACAGCACCAAGGAUAUCUCGGCAAGCACGCGCGGCCACCGGGAGGACCUGCCGAUCGCUAUGCGAGUACUCGGCUCCGGCUACCUGACCACAUGCCUGCAGAUCAAGUACUAUCGGCUGGAUGAUCAGAGCCACUGCGAAUGGGGCGCCAGAUUGCACUGUAUCGAGCUCGAUUGCUCCAGCGUUGAAGGACAUCUCGUUACGGUGGACCGGGAAACCUACAGAAAGCUCGGCAUAGAGUCUUAACGAACGACGGAUGUCGUCAUCCUUACGAUAUGUUUGUUAUAUAGGCGAUGAGAAAACCCGACGCCGCGCCGCAAUCGAUGUUUGCUGAAGUUGACACGUAAUCUGAAUAAUACUCUACAUUCGUAAACACUCCGAGGACUGAGGACUCUGAAUAAAAAUAAAGAUAGAUAAAAUCGACUGAGUACUGGUGACGAGACUAUCUAACAUAUUUUCCAUCUGUAUAAGUUUUAAUAAACUAAUUCUCGGUUAAUUGUGUACGAAACAGGAGUCUGAAAGUUUUGCCCAGGAUUUUGACACGUUAAAAAUAGAACUUUUGGGAUAAACGAAAUCUAUUAAUGAAGAUGGCAGAUUAUGCUUGAUAAGCUUCGUUGAAAUAGUAUAUUUUUAAUUCAGUAGAAUAAAGAUAAAUCGCGUAGAAAUUUCGCGGAAAUGUUAUCAUGAUAGACGGAUAAUUGAGAUUGAUCGUUGCCAGUUGGCAAACAACAUUGUAUCGCUACGAUGUGGAUUGAGUUAUACAGAAAAUCUAAAACUGAUUUUGCGCGCUGCUCUCUCUCUAAAAUAUAUUAUUAAAAAUUUUAAAUCAAGCAAAUUAAUCCUUUUUCUUCUUUAGGAAUUAGUAACGGUAUAAAAAUUAAGGUUUUUGUUUCCUCUUUUAUACAAAUAUUUCAAGACCUCGUAUGUCUGUGCAUUAAUUGCAUUGCAAUCAAUAUGUGGUAUAUAACUGCAUUAUUAUAUAUAAUUUUAUAUCGAAUAAAUCAUUAAGAAUUUAAAGUCAUGUUGGAAGAAAUAAUUAAUCACGUAAUUACGUAAUUACGCGUUUUUGAUCGAUAUUUAAGCUCUUUAGCGAGAGGUCUUUGUCGCAAGAAUUAAUGAAAACAAAAGCUAAUGCAAGCAUAUCGAUAACUUGGAUACUUAAGUAUCGAUAUAUAUAUACAUACUACGUAUCGAACGUGCGUCAUCGAUUGUGGAUUAAUAUCUAAUUGAAUCAAUCGCAAUACGCCGUGGUACGUGCAUAGAACGACAUGUUUUCCAAUCGAAAGAAAAAAAGAAUUAGCGGCGCGGUGUCAGCUUUUGUAA